UCCAUUUUCUAAGUUCUUCAAAGUCGAAGUCCGAGCCCGGAAGUGCAAACUCAACGACGCAGCUUUCUCACUGUCUCGCCUACACUGCCCAGCCAUAGCGAAGGUUUGGACUUUGGAUUCUCAAGAGUAGCUGUUGGCGCCGCACAUCAGGCUAAAAAUUGAGCCUUUGAGCCCUGAGGAAUUUCACAAAGGGAGGCUUUGAGUGGCAGAAUUUCAUUCUCUCUGUAAUUUCUCAGCUCACAAGGUUGCUUUUACUGCCUUCAAUUUAUGUAAAUGAUGUCGGGGAGAGACAGAAUCAGUCAACUUCCUACAGAAAUACUUGACAAUAUUUUGAGAUUAUUGCCGAUCGUAGAAGCUGCUAGAAUUGCCAUUUUGUCUACCAUUUGGAGAGAUUGUUGGUCCAAUCUCACCCAACUUAACUUCGAUGAUCACUUCUUUGCUUAUGUUGGGAAAAAAUAUUCUGCCAGUUAUAAUAGCACAUCAACCUGUAUGUAUGUAAUCGACAAAGUUCUCAUGCGGCACCAUGGACCUAUUCACAAAUUUGUCUUGGAUUUUAAGGGUGACAUAUCAAUCAUCGGUGACGGGCCUAAUUCUCGGAAGUUUGACUUCGAUCAAUGGUUCCUUUUUAUCACUCAAAAAGGUGUUGAAGAAAUGAGCAUUGCUUUCCCAAUUCCAAUAAAUUUUGAACCAAAUAAAUGCUUCAGGCUCCCAAAUUGCAUAUUUACUUGCUUAACUCUCAAGAGGUUGGAUCUCAGCGGAGUAUUAGUUGCACCAACAAUAAAUGCCCCUUGCAUUUUUCCGAAUGUCACUUCACUUAGUUUUGACGGUGUUGUCUUUGGUGCUAUUAAUCUAGAUUCUGUUUUAGAUGUUCCUAUGCUUGAGACUCUCUUAUUUAGCCGAUGUGAAAAUACUACAUCAUAUUUCGACAUUAAGGCUCCAAGGCUCGACAGUUUAACAGUCAAGAAUUAUUACAUUGACGACGAUACCAACGUUUACGAUCCUAUUCUUCCGAUUAACUUGGACUUGUCAUUUAUUCAUACUCUUUGUAUGGAUUUUAAUUUCACGCCUUUUGUCGUCAGCGAACUUACUAGAUGGGGACCAAAACUAAAUGUGGAAUGCCUGGAAUUAUCAUAUGUCGAUUUUCAAGAUGAUGAACGCUUUUCUGAUUUUAUUCAUUCAUUACGAAUAUGCCCAAAAUUACGCGAGCUCGAUAUAACGACUGUAUUGUUUUAUGGAGAAUUCACUAAAUCUAUACUUUGGGAGGGAGUUCAAAGUGCGGCUAAAAUGCUUAAAAUGCUUCACACUUUCAAGCUUAGAUCAUUCAAUGGGUCGAGGUCUGAAUUGCAAUUCAUCAAGAUGCUACUUGCUUGCUUUCCCGCACUUGAGAAGGUUGUCAUUAUUCGUCGGAUGAAGUCUGAUCCCAAUGAGGAGUUUAAAAUCAUGCAAAAGCUUUUACAUUUUCCUCGUGCAUCAAAGAAAGCAAAAAUCGUUUACAGAUAAGCAUCGUAUUAUAUUUUUGUUGAAUUGAAUUAUGCAUCCCCUUGAUUCACUCUUUAAGUUCAAUAUUAUGUAAUGUUCUAAUGGUUAGCUUGAGUAUCCAUACUAGUUGAAUCUUCUAGCACACAACCUUUUUUUGGUUUUGAAUUAAUCUUAUGUUGCUAGCUAGUUAUCUACAAAUAUGCCAAAGGGAAUGAAGCUAUUUUAUUGUGCUCUAUAAAAAUAUAAGAAUUUUUAUUUU